AUGCCUGAAAAAGAUGAAGACGUGAGAUAUCCUUGGUCGAGCCAAGCGCUAAUCGACGACUUGAAAACGGACGAGCGUGAAGAGUGGAAUCGACAAAUCCAAGAAUAUCAAGACCGAGGAUGGUGGCAUAAAGAAGAUCGGAAGCCUACUCGAGAGGAGCGACUCCUAGCCGCUACCGUCUUCCCAGUGCGGCAAUGCGAAGCCAAGACCACCAAAAUCCGACCAUGUGUCGAUCUCCGUAAACCAAAUGAGAGAGCACCGACCUUGAGAUCGGCUGGUAUCCGAGCAGUGGGUCCCGCUUCGGUCCCAGAGGCAGUGGCUCGUCUUCGGGCGGCACUGAAACCGAGAAGCAGGAGAGACCUACUAGUGAAGCAAUACGAUCUAGCUAAAGCAUUCUACUCGAUUCGUGUCCUACCUUGUGACGUAGACGGGGAGGAACGGAGGGUAUGGAUUCGCCAUGGGGACCACGAAUGGUUCAGCAGCGAUGCUCUCGUCUUCGGACUAAGCUGUGGACCCUUGGGGCUCAAUUACAGCCAACUGGUCGUACUUAGGAUCUUGGAACGCCUCGAGGCCAAGCAGAGAGGAGACAAGGUUACGUGGAUAUGUGUUAUGGAUGAUUUCCUCGCCAUUGGCGAGCGGGAAAGCAUCCUGAAAGAAGAGAAGAUGAUCGAAACCUUAUGGGGACUAACUGGCUUUACCUGUCCUAGCACCAAACGUAGCACUUGGUCGACGACGGCUCCGACAAGGUGGUUAGGCUGCCACUGGUGCUAUGAUGGCAAGGAGACUCUGAAAAUGGUACGUCCCCGUCCUGAUGCGAUAUUGCCGGAGACCCUUACCAAACGUGCCGUUUAUAGAGCGGCAGGUCAAUUCUUGCAUAUCACCCGUGGAUUCCAAGAAGCUCUCGCGACGGGUCACGCCGAUGCCAUGAGAAGACUGGCAGGGAAGUGGGAUACCUGGGAUGAGGCUCAUGCUUUGUCACAAGGCUCGAGAGAGAUACGGGAUCACCAUGCAUUGGCUCUAAGGAGCUGGGAACGCUGCUCCGAAGAGGAUAGCGCUCUCACUCUUUUCGCCGAAGUCGAACAUGUUAUUGUCGAGGUCGACGCUUCACAGACGGGUCAUGGCUACUACGCGAGAGAUGCAGACUCGGAACCUGAACGCCGAUCAACCAUCAUAGCAGAAGCACGUGCGUUUACUGUCAAUCACGCAGCCUGGCACGUUAACCGUAAGGAGCUGACGGCUAUCGCACAUGCGGUGCGAAGAAUCGACGACUGUUUGGACAACCUACCUAAACUCAAGAGAGUAACAGUAAGGUCGGACUCAAGAGUGGUGACCUUACAGUGCAACCCAUGGGUGAAUAUCGGCACCAAGAGCAUUGAAAGGAAGGCUCUACAACGACUGCGGGAAGCUGUGACAGACAUCGCCUUCGACUGGAAGACCCGUGGUAUCACCAUGAAAGUCGAACAUAUCGCGGGUAAGACCAAUCGCCUUGCUGAUCAACUUUCCAGGAUACCGACCACUACGAAGCCUGAAGACAUCGCAACAGUGAUGACGAUACUGAACGACGAGAUUACGGACGAGACCGACCCUACCAACUGUGUGACUCCAAGCUUCAGAAACUUCAUCGCUAAAUGGGAAGCCUUCACGAGUUGGAGACGCGUUAAUGACAAUGACUACAGCGACGACUUGUAUACUCGAUGGGUGACCUAUGAACAACAGAGGGAUACAGAGACAAGGCAAGCAUGUGAAGCUCUGAAGGUGAACCCUCUGGCUGGAGAAGACUCGUCGG